AUGAUGCUGAUUGCUGGGCCAGGAGUUGGUAAAAGCGUCUUUGCAGCCAAAGCUUGUCAAGUGUAUGAAGAACAGUUAGCGGCAUGCCAUUUCUGUGUCUUUAACUACUCAGAUUACAGUGAUCCAUUUGCAAUGUUCGAAUCUUUAGCAAACCACAUGUGUAAGAAUGUAAGUGGUUUUUAUGAGAGACUCGUUCAGCAGCUGUAUCGUCGUCACACUAAACAUACCAUCCGAGAUGCUUUUCGUGUGCUGCUAAAAGAUCCUUUGAAUUCACUGCCGGAUCGACGGCCCAUGCUAAUGGUAAUUGAUGGAUUGGACGAGAGCGAGAGGGAUGGCAAGAGUGAGCUGCUUGAUUUAAUAGCAGAAGAAUUUCCACAGCUUCCCAAGUGGAUGAAGAUUUUCAUAACCAGCCGACCCGAGCUACCAGUGAAGAAGCAAUUGCACCAUUUCUAUUCUGUUGAAAUUUUACCCGAUGAUAAAGACAAUGAAGAAGAUUUAAAGUGUUUUUUGGAGUCUUCCUUGAACCACGAGCGCCCUGCCGAUAAAUACCAAAUGAACCAGCUGGUUAACAAAUGCGAAGGUUCGUUUUUAUAUGCACACCAUUGUUAAGUAGAGCUAAGACGAUUAGAUAAGGACGCCGAUUUUGUUUCCAUCGCUCCUAAAGGUAUAGGUUCUACUUAUGAGAGAUAUUUCUUGCGCCUGGAAGAGGAGCUAAAGAAACUGUCAUCAAACAUUAACUUUGACCGAAUACUAGAGGUGCUUGUUGCCAUGAAAGCUCCCAUUCCGUUAAGUUAUGUUGCUGAAAUCCUUAAAUUGGCAGGAGACACUAGAGCAAUGAAGGGGGUGAUACGCAAAGUCAACGAUAGCCUCUCAGCGCUUCUGCUUGUCUAUAAUGACUGUCUGACUGUUUUUCAUAAAACAGUGGUGGACUGGCUUGUAUCUGAAGAAUAUGAGCAACAUUCAUUCAAAGUCUCGAAGGAAGCUCUUUCUGGGCAUAAACAUUUAUGGCAAGUAUGUCAAGGGAAGUUCAUCAAGUUAGAACGGAAUAAGGAAAGUGAAAAAAAGAAUGAUGCAGUUAAUUAUGCAGUGGAAUAUGGUGUACACCAUUUAAGAGAAAUAACCAUUGGACCGGACCAUUUCUCAG